UUCCCAUCCUCAUUGCCGCGCUUUAUGGUUAGUAUGCCACUACCAGUCUGUUGGUUAAGUCAGACAAGCCCGAGUGAUCGUUUAGUGUUCGUACGGUUUUGAAUAUUGAAAAACUUGUUUGGGAUGUAAUUUUCGGCUUCGGACACGUACAUAUAAUAUCAUUGUGAUUUUAUGGCAUUUUUUCAUUGUUGUGUUUGCUUUAGGUAUUUUAUAUAAAUAAAUACUCACAGUAACAUUAUAAAUGAAAAUGAAAAAAAAAAAUAUGUACUGCGGUCAAAUGUAAAGAAUGAAUAUAUCAUGUACUAAAAUUCAGAGAACAAAUUAUUAAAAACAUACAUAUGUUACAAUGUACAUAUUUAUAUUAGUACAUUCCUCGCAUUACAAUACUGUCGCAAACUCUUAAAUGUAAAUUUGUGGGAAUAAAAAAGUUUUCCAUUAUCACGGAGAGGUGUAGAAGUUGAAUAUAAAUAAUAAGUACAUUCAUAUCUAUGUACAUAUAUACUGGAUGCGACAAAAGCAAGUAAACGAAACAAGUAAGAGACAAAUUCAGUGAAGAAUGAAAAAAAAAAACAGAUAAUUUGUAUAGAUUCAAUUGAAUAUACAUAUGUAGUAUGUGUACAAAAGUGUGUACAAUAUAUUUAUUGGUAUGAGAGCUAAGAUAAUUAUGUGAAGGUAUUUAAUUGAGACAGACCAAAGAUGUCUUGGCAUAGUAGCGCAUCUAAUUACAUAGCUCGCUCGCAUCUGAAAUUUCCGUAUAAUGAAAUUAUGUGAAAAAGUGAAGACUUCCAAUUCAAAAUAAUUUUACUAUUGCUUAUGAGUAAGGAAAGUGAAACGGUAUAUAUAGCUUCCAAUCAAGUAUUAUACUAUUCGCAAUUUGUGAGACAAAGCACUACGUGAUAAUGCCUAUAUUUAUGAAUAAAUUUAGUGUCACAUCUUCAAUCGCUCCAGGGGACAAAGUCUCUUCCAUUUAUUCACAGCGCGGAAUCAGUAACAGCAACAUCACUUGCGACACCUCCAACUGUUAUCUUACUAGUGCAGAUACAGCUUGUAACACAGAGCUCAAUGGUCAAAUCCGUAGCCGUAGAAGUUCAAAACUGAAAAUCGAUACGGAAAGACGAAAAAGCUCAUGCAGUCCAGCUUUACUUGAAUUCAGCUUCAAUAGCGGCAUAGGUACAGAUAUUGAUAGCAUGAGUGGCAAUGAUGACGCUGACUUUCAUGGUAAACUUGCCAAUUUCGUUAGCAUCGACAAUGGCAUCAGCAAAUACUCUACAGAAGAAAUAAGUUGGAAAUUGAGGUACGAACGGCUGCAACAGUGUCGUCUCAUCCUAUUCACGCUAGAUCGGCAGCAAACCAAAUACCGACAAUUGCGCGAACGUCUCAGUAAAAUUGGUGAAGGACGAAUCGCUAAAAAGGAACCUGUUAUUGAUAACAUUUGUAAUGUUUGCUCCUGUCCAAUCAAUAUAAUUGAUUCUAAAAGCUUUAUUACAUGCUUUUUAUGCAAUAAAAGAAUAUGUCACGGUACCAAAUGCUCAAAUUUCGUUCCAAAAUUUGGUCGGCGGGAAUGUCAAAUAUGCCAUUUCUCGAAGGAAUCGCUUACACAUACACAGUCUUGGAUAACAGAACAAAUGUUCUUCAGCCGCCAAAACCAUUCGUAUCCAGUACGAGCACGAAGUGAAAUUUAUAUACCGAUAAAAGAUUAUAAUGAAAGUUCCACAAAUUUCGAAAGCGUAAGCCAAGUUGGAGCAAAUUCUUUUGCUAUUACUUCAGAUCAAAAAACGAAAAUACGCGAAUAUGUGGAGGAAGUGGUAGCUAAGCUGUUGGGCAAUUCGCUAGACCAAAUACGGGUCACACAAUUAUCAAAAAGUAAAAAUUAUCUUCCUGGCAUCCUGAAUAAUCGUGUAAUUCAUCAACAUCCCGUGGGCUUGAAUGACAACCAAGCCAGAGAGAAUACCCUAACUGAAUUUUCCGAAAUUUCACAAGCAAGACUUCGAAAUAUGGUUGAAUCAAUAAUAGCGGAAAUGCUGGGAACGUCAGGUCUGACGAAUGCUAACGUAUCUGAAUCAGAACUCAAUAAAAAUACAUAUGGAAACGGUCAUUCACAACUUUCUCAUCGUCAUCGUACUAAACGUUCUUUUGAACCAAAGGUCUAUCAGGACUUCCUGGCCAAGGCAGUGUUAACUAAGAUCGCUGACAAUGAAGGAUAUAUCCGUAAAUUAUCCGAAAGUACACCCGAUCUAAGCUCAUGCAACAUUGACAUCAACUUUAAUAUGGACGAUAGAAGCAUUUCACCUGAAAGUUCAUUGGAGACUACAAGUCCUUUCAACUAUACAGAUACACAGCAUUCAUCAAAAAUCAUCAAAGAUUCAGAUCGCGAAUCAACAAUAAACGAUUACAUAGCCUCUCACACAGUACCGCUACCCGAUUUGUCAGCUGCAAUGACAGAUUAUGAGGAGGAUGACUUGGCAUCCGUAUCUUCGAGUAUUCUUGUCGAAGGCAAUUGGGAAGAUAAUUGGCUUUUUAGGAAGAAGCGUCCUUCAUUAACAACCUCCAUAACUGGCAGUGUAGGUAUGCUAGUACCUGCACCUAAAGAUGAUGUUCGUGCUCAAAUUGGGGAUAAGACUACCGAUGAAAUCAGUGACCUCUCUGAAAUUGAUUCAGAUACGGAUGAUUCAGUACAAAUAUGUGCAGACUUAGAUCCGUAUAAUGAUCGAAUUAUAAAUAAACAUCUAAUUGGUGGUCAGAAUACAAAAGUGAUUCUAGACGAAUUGAUUGAAACAGCUAGUUUGAUAUCAAAUAAAUCACAUUCACCAAAUGAAGCCAAUUAUAUUGAAACUAGAAACGAUCAUAUUGUGGAAAAGUCGUUCAAAACUGAAGCGUUUAAUUCUAAAGUUGUAAAUAAUUCGCCUCUAGAACUUAAAAUUAGUUCAAAAUCGAUGCCAACGAGUUGUUAUGAAGCUAAUAUGGCGCAGGAAUCGGAAAAUAAUCCAAUAUCAGCUCCAUUGCAAGCUACUGAAAGCAUUGAAGUCGACGAAAGUUGUACAGGAUUUAGUUCAGUCGAAAUAUUUGAAGAACCCGUUUUAAGUCACGACACUAGGUCAAUUUGCCAAGGAACAUCCGUUAUUGAAAUUCUCGCUGCAAUUACUUUAGCACCGUUGUUGGCUGUUCCUGCUUCAGAACAACCAUCUAUUCAAGCACCCUUCGAAAUGAAUGCAAUCAAAGAGUUAAGUGAUUUAGCUUUGGCAGAAAUAAAAUUACGUAUACCUGAAUUGAGCCACCACUCACUUGAUAUCAUAGAUGAGGAAGAAGAAACUAAAGUUAUAAACUCGUUAGAAAUAAACGAAAGUUGCUCAGAGAAGUGCGUUCCAUUAUCAGAUAUUAAGGAAACUACGAGAUCACCAUUGAUUCCAAAAGCAAUCACAAAUUUAGCAGAUGAAAAUGAUUUACACGAGCUGCCGAAUAAAAUUUGUGCAGAAACACAUUCACCGGAUAUAACAAAAUUACUGUUAUCAUCGUCGUUGGAAAGAACUUCGUUCGAAGAUUCCAAUAGAUCGAAUAUAACACAACUUCCCGAACUUAAAACAUAUUUCAUUGAAGAGGCUUCAAAGGUCAUUUUAUUGCAUUCAGAGGCGGAAAGUCAACUGUCCUCAAAACCAAUCAUAAGAUGUAACUCUCAUAAAGAACCAUCUGAAACCAUCCAUCCUUUAGAAAAAGAGAUACCUAAAAUAUGCACUGAAACCGUUACUCAAACUUUUGAAUUUGAGAAACAAGUACCUUACAAUGAAACUAGGUAUGAGCCUAAAAACGAGAUACCAGCAGAUAACAGUAUCGAUACAGAAGCAGUAAAAUUAAUUAAAAGUGAAAACCAAAAUACAACUAAUGAAUCAAAAAUAGAGUGUAUUAUAAAUGCAAAAAGUAAAAAUGAAAAACAGCACAUAGAGUACACAGCUGAACGCAAUAACGAAGCAGAAACUACAGAAUCCUCUAAAACAACAUAUAUUUCCGCACCUCAGAAACAAGAAUCUAUAAGUGAGUCAGAUACACAGAGUAUUUUGGUCACAGAAGCAGAUAAAUUAUCUGUACCAGAUAAUGAAAAAAAAAACCAUUGUACUGAACCAGAAGUAGAAACUGUUUGGUAUAUAGAAUGUGAAAAUCCAACGCUAUUCACCGAUCAAGUAGAAAAGUGUGCCAUUAAGAAAACCGUUUCGGAACCUUCACAAACAUCAUACAUCUUAGCAACUGAGAAACAACAAUCAGUCUAUGAGUUACCAGGAGAUAGAAAUAUGGAUAAAGAAGCGGAAGAACUAUCCGAAAGCGAAAACCAAAUAGCAUUUAAAGAACCAGAAAUAGAGUGUGCCAAAGAUGCACAAAGUGAAAAUGAAAUAUCGUACAUUGAUCAUAAGAAUGAACAUAAUAAUGAAAUAACAUCGCAAGAAUCCUCAGAAACACCUUAUAUCUCCAUACCGAAGAAACAAGAAAAUAUUAGUGAGUCAACAGGAGCAUGUAUUAUGGGUGCACAAGCGGUUGAAUGCUCUGUAACAGAUAACGGAACACAAAAUCCUUGUACUGAACCAGAAGUAGAAACUGUUAUGAAUGAGUUACCAGGAGAUACAAAUAUGGAUACAGAAGCGGUAGAACUAUCAGAAAGCCAAAAACAAAUAGCAUGUAAUGAACCAGAAAUAGAGUGUGCUAAAGAUGCACAAGGUGAAAAUGCAAUAUCGUGCAUUGAUCAUGAGAAUGAACAUGACAAGGAAGUAAAAACUCAAGAAUCCUCUGCAACACCUUAUACCCCCAUACCGGAGAAACAAGAAAAUAUUAGUGAGUCAAAAGGAGCAUGUAUUGUGAAUACACAAGCGGUUGAAUGCUCUGUAACAGAUAAUGGAACACAAAAUCCUUGUACUGAACCAGAAGUAGAAACUGUUAUGUAUGAGUUACCGGGAGAUAAAAAUAUGGAUACAGAAGAGGUAGAACUAUCAGAAAGCGAAAAACAAAUAGCAUGUAAUCAUCCAGAAAUAGAGUGUGCUAAAGAUGCACAAGGUGAAAAUGCAAUAUCGUGCAUUGAUCAUAAGAAUGAACAUGAUAAUGAAGUAAAAACUCAAGAAUCCUCUGAACCACCUUAUACCCCCAUACCGGAGAAACAAGAAAAUACGAGUGAGUCAACACGAGCAUGUAUUAUGGAUACACAAGCGGUUGAAUGCUCUGUAACAGAUAACGGAACGCAAAAACGCUUUACUGAAUCAGAAGUAGAAACUGUUAUGUAUGAGUUACCAUCAGAUAAAAAUAUGGAUACAGAAGCGGUAGAACUAUCAGAAAGCGAAAAACUAAUAGCAUGUAAUGAACCAGAAAUAGAAUGUACUAAAGAUGCAAAAGGUGAAAAUGGAAUAUCUUACAUUGGUCAUAAGAAUGAACAUGAUAAUGAAGUAAAAACUCAAGAAUCCUCUGAAACACCCUAUACCCCCAUACCGGAGAAACAAAAAAAUAUCAGCGGAUCAACAGAAGCAUGUAUUAUGGAUACACAAGCGGUAGAAUGUUCUGUAACAGAUAAUGGAACGCAAAAACCCUGUACUGAACCAGAAGUAGAAACUGUUAUACAUGAGUUACCAGGAGAUAAAAAUGUGGAUACAGAUGCGGUAGAAGUAUCAGAAAGCGAAAAACAAAUAGCAUGUAAUGAACCAGAAAUAGAGUGUGCUAAAGAUGCACAAGGUGAAAAUGCAAUAUCGUACAUUGAUCAUGAGAAUGAACACGAUAAUGAAGUAGAAACUGAAGAAUCCUCUGAACCACCUUAUACCCCCAUACCGGAGAAACAAGAAAAUACGAGUGAGUCAACACGAGUAUGUAUUAUGGAUACACAAGCGGUUGAAUGCUUUGUAACAGAUAAUGGAACGCAAAAACCCUGUACUGAACCAGAAGUAGAAACUGUUAUACAUGAGUUACCAGGAGAUAAAAAUGUGGAU